UUUCAUUUCAUUUGUUAUGGCUUCCAUGAACAACUGGUUGGCAUUUUCUUUGUCACCUCAAGAACUACCAUCACAAUCCGUUAAUCAUCAAGAUCAUCACUUUCAAACCGCAGGCCCUCGCCUCGGCUUCAACUCCGAUGUGUCCGGCGGCGAGUGUUUCGAUCUCGCCUCGCCUCCUUCUCUCAAUCUCCCUCCACCAUUUGGCAUACUUGAAGCCUUCUAUAGAAACAAUCAACCCCAAGAUUGGAAUACAAAGGGUUUAGGUAUGAACUCAGAUGGAAACUACAAGACAAGCUCGGAGCUUUCCAUGUUCACGGGUAGUAGUUCAUGCAAUAACCAAAACCAAGAACCAAAGCUUGAAAACUUCCUCGGAAACAACUCUUUCUCCUGUCAUCAACAGAACAAUCUCCAUGGUUGCAGUACCUUGUAUACCACCUCCACCGGGGAUUACAUGUUCCCCAACUGUUCUUUACAGCUCCCAUCACAAGACACAACAACAAAUACAAGAACAAGCAACGGAGAAGAUGACAAUAACAACACCAAUAUCAACACCGGUAGUAGCUCCAUCGGGUUGUCCAUGAUCAAGACUUGGUUAAGGAACCAACCGGCACCGAUUCAAGCCGAAGCCAAAAACAACGGCGGCGCUUUGCAAUCUUUGUCUCUUUCGAUGAGCACCGGUUCACAAACUGGAUCUCCUUUGCCUCUCCUCGCCACAAAAAGCACCGGCGGCGGAAGCUGUGGCGAGAGCUCUUCCUCUGAUAAUAACAAUAAUAAGAAGCAAAAGGCACCGACAUGUAUGGAUAUUACCCCAAGCGGCGCAAGUGAAGCGACACCAAGGAAAUCUAUUGACACUUUUGGCCAAAGAACUUCCAUAUACCGUGGUGUAACCAGGCAUAGAUGGACAGGUAGAUAUGAAGCUCAUUUGUGGGAUAACAGUUGCAGAAGGGAAGGACAAACAAGGAAAGGAAGGCAAGUGUAUUUGGGAGGGUAUGACAAAGAAGAAAAGGCAGCUAGAGCUUAUGAUUUAGCAGCACUGAAGUACUGGGGAACCACAACAACAACAAAUUUUCCUAUUAGCAACUAUGAAAAUGAGUUGGAAGAGAUGAAAAGCAUGACCAGGCAAGAAUAUGUUGCAUCCCUUCGAAGGAAGAGCAGUGGAUUCUCUCGCGGAGCAUCCAUCUAUAGAGGAGUUACAAGGCACCACCAACAUGGAAGAUGGCAAGCAAGAAUCGGAAGAGUUGCCGGAAACAAAGACCUUUACUUGGGAACUUUCGCUACGCAAGAGGAGGCAGCAGAAGCCUAUGACAUUGCAGCCAUAAAAUUUCGAGGACUGAAUGCUGUAACCAACUUUGAUAUGAGUAGAUAUGAUGUUAAGAGCAUACUCGAAAGCAGCACGUUGCCGAUCAGUGGUAGCGCGAUGCGAUCGAAAGACGUCGAGCAAGCAGAUAACAUGAUGGUUACCCAACUGUCUGAUGGAAUCAAUGGUUACGGUGCAACGGCAUCACACCAUGGGUGGCCUUCUGCCAUUGCAUUUCAACAAGCUCGGCCUUUCAGCAUGCACCAUCCUUAUGGACAACGAGUAUGGUGCAAGCAAGAUCCCGAUUCCGAUGCCAAUCACACAUUCCAGGAUCUUCAUCAACUACAACUUGGAAGCACCCACAACUUUAUUCAGCCUUCUGUUUUGCACAAUCUCAUGGCCAUGGACUCUUCGAUGGAACACAGCUCCGGUUCGAACUGUAACUCGAUCAUCUAUAGUAACGGUGCUACUGGCACCGACGGUCCUAACGGUAGCUAUCAAGGAGUCGGAUACACAGGUGGCAGUGGAGGAUAUGUGAUACCCAUGAGCACGGUUGUAGCCAGUGGCAGUGACAAUGAAGUGAAACCUGUUGGUUAUGACAACAUGUAUGGAUCAGCUGAUCCGAAUUACCAUUCGAGGAAAUUGUAUUAUGUUUCGCAGCAAGCACCGUCGACACCGAGCGGAUUGUCGACCUUGGCAUGCAACAACUGGGUGCCGACUGCAAUUCCCACCGUUGCACAAAGGUCAAGCAGUAUGGCGGUCUGCCAUGGAACCCCAACUUUCACAUGGAAUGAUACAUAA